AUGGCACGAACACAAUACAGUUGGAUGGUGCCUUCGAAUGAUUCCAACCAACUUUCACUGGAUGACCACAGUGAGUAUUCGCAGUUGGCUUCUAGACAGCCUCUCACCGAAUCUCACGGCAAUUCUCAAGAACAUUCUUUUGCUCCAGUAGGUUUACAUCAUGAUGAUAAGGACUACCCGCAGCAAUCCGAAGGUCAUAAUGUAGACCCGUUCAGAAUUGUUCUGGAUAUCAACUGCCACGAUUGCGAGCCAUGCCUCACGGGAAGGUACAACUCCUGCGAGAAGCCGGUCAUCUCCAAUUUUUUGAAUAGACCUACCAAUCCCAUCUGCCCUACACCCACUGUUCCGUCGCUGCCUCCUCAUCAAUCCUUAGGGCAAACAUGUGAACAACGACGGGAAAGGACUCGAAGAAGAAGGCAACGAAAAUAUCAACGAAACCCUAUCGUUGAAUCGGAGCACUACCAGGCAUAUCGGGCACGUCAAGUGCGUGAUGGGCACAAGCAAGAUGCAAAGUGGCCACACCAGCUCGAAAUGGCAUUUCUAGAUGGUGAGUGAGAGUGUCAAUCUACUCUCGCUCUUUGGCUAACCGCUCUAGCUUUGCUUUACAUCCCUCCUAUGGGCAGACGAAAGUUCUCCUACCAGGGGAAACCUCAUGGACGCAAUGAGCUGAUUAAAGAGUAUCUGUGGAUAUCAUAUCUGGAGAGCCUUGCCCCAGGUGAGGUACCAGAUGAAACGAUGAAACGCACUCGCAAGCAGGUCUCGAGCCAUAUACAAGUUCUCAAGACCUUCUUCAAGGAUCACCCCGCGUGUAAGCUCAAUGGUAUCUCCUCUUGACAAAGCUGAUGGACAAAGACCGUCAACUCUUCCCGGAAAGCAAGGAUCCUAAAAACGGCUUUCAUGAGUCUUUCAAGAACGACCCAUGCCUUAAAGCUCUCUCAGAAGGUAGACUUCCUGGCAAACGAUACGACGAUUACGACGAAAUCUCUCAGUCAUCUGUUAAGCCAGCACUUUUCUGGCUUCUAAUCACCUCGGAACCUGUCCCGGCUGGCAGCGAGCAGGAUUUAUAUUGUUCUCAUUCUGAAAGUGUGUUACACAAAUACACUACUCUUCAGGGCCAGCGUCCAGGCGAUUCUAUUGAAUCGCUCCUUAAUUGGCGGCAACGCUAUCCGUAUUUCGAGAAUACGUACUUGACAGCUUUACGAUCAUCAUUACCUUGUGAAGUAAUUCACAUGGACGUUCCCCUAUCUCUAAUGUCCAUCCACCCUCCUAACGGUUCUGAGCUUGUUGCUUGGACAGAAAUAUCAGUGUCCGGAAACAACCGAACUCUGGAACAGAGCAGCAUGUGGCAAAGCGUCACUGCACUCUCCAAACCACAAGCCCUGUGUAGAGAUAAUGAGCCAGCUGUCGAGAGGCGCGGAUCUCUACUUCAGGUCUUGUCAACAUCUCCUCAAGAAACCCGUUGCAAAUUGCCUUUUCCUGCACAACCAUGGGCUCAGGCAUUCACUUCUUUGGCGAACAUUUCCGAGCAGACUUCCUCUUCUCCAGAAACCAUUCAGGCACUUUUGAACGAGGUGUCUAUGUUUCAAGAGGUUCAAUACAGUCCUGAAUCCGGCAUGCCUUUCAUCACACGCGCGUUAAUCUUGUGGACCUUUCGCCAACCUCGAGAGGGAGAAUCAAGCUCAACUACAUGGCGAUAUCUUGAUUGUCAGGAGUUGGCGCGGCGAAAAUGCAUGUCUCCUGACCCAGGUCAGGGACAACGUAUGAACGCUCUUAUGAGCCAAAAUUUCAAUUCAUUGAUUGAUAACACCCAUGGUCUCAGUGGUCAACAACAAAACAUUUUAGAUCCUUUUAUUCAACAUCAUAAUUCCGCACAUCAAAAUACCGGACUUGCCACUCCACCGGCCACCGCAGGCCUCAAUUCGCCCUUUGGAUCACAGCAAACGAGUUUUACCUUUGGUGCUUUUUCACAGCCCCAAAGCGGAUUUGAUAUCCCAUCUGAGAACCUUUCUUUUGCUUCUGUCACUACGGUUGAUAGUGAGAGUACCUUGGUCGGAUCUGAAGGCGCCAAUAUCGAUAGCUUCCUUGCAAAUAAUGGGCUGGCGGGCUUUGAUGGUACGCAGCUCUCGCAUCAAAGUAAUGCUUGGAACGUCACGGAGGGAUAUGAUCAUGAUCCUACUUGGGCGUACGCCCAUCUGCCUACUAAUGAAACGACGCAGCUGGAGUGCUGGCAAGACCUGGGUGAUAAUGCGAAACCGAGUCAGGGGUGGGGCGAAGAGGGAAAUAUAGAGAUUGAGGACACUCAAGUUUGGAGUGGAGUCACUGAGGGGGGUGUUGUUGAGAGAGUGAAGGAGUUGGAAUGGGUUGUUGAGGCUCCGGGUCAUGCUGAUUCUGGCUGGACGGACCAGGAUCAAGCUGGGAGCGAUGGUGGUGACGACGGUCAGGAGGAUAACAGUAAUACGGGGUUUGAGGAUUGGGAUGAGAUUCAAGACAUACAAGAACACGAUGCGAUGCCUGGGGUGGGAGCAGUCAAUAAUGAUGAUGGGUUUGGUGACCAUCCGGUCUUGAAGCAUGAGCCCUCGAUCGGCGCGGGGUGGGAAAACGUCGAAGUGGAUGAUUUCGAUUAUUCGAGGUUGGAAGAACUCAAGUGA